AUGGACCUGUCGAUGACUGAGCCAGUAAGAAUUAAACAAUAUCCCCUAAAGAAGGAAGACAGAGAAGGAAUCCGGCCGGUGAUAGAAAAAUUUUUGCAGUUGGGAUUAUUAAAAGAGUGUGAGUCUGAAUUCAAUACCCCUAUAUUACCUGUUCAGAAGCCCGAUGGGUCAUAUCGGGUGGUCCAAGACUUACGGGCGGUGAAUAAGAUAACUGAAGAUCUUUACCCGGUAGUGGCGAACCCAUAUACCCUGUUGACCGUAUUAACACCUGAAUUGACAUGGUUUACUGUUUUAGAUUUGAAGGAUGCUUUCUUUUGCCUCCCUCUCCAUGAGACCAGCCAAAAAUUAUUUGCAUUUGAAUGGGAAAACCCCAAGAGUGGUCGAAAGACCCAGCUCACUUGGACGGUGUUGCCACAAGGAUUUAAGAAUAGUCCCACCAUUUUCGGCAAUCAGCUUGCGAAAGACUUAGAAUCCUGGGAAGCCCCGUCUGAGGAGGGGAAGCUGUUGCAGUAUGUGGAUGAUAUCCUGAUCGCCACCAAAACAGAGAAAGAUUGUAUGACAUGGACAGUGAGUCUGUUGAAUUUCCUGGGACUCCAGGGGUACCGGGUAUCCAAGAAAAAGGCACAGGUAAUGCAACGCAAAGUGAAUUAUUUGGGCUGUGAAAUUAGUGCGGGACAAAGAACUUUGGGACAGGCCCAUAAAGAGGCAAUAUGCCAAACUCGGAGACCUCAGACAGUAAAAGAGUUGCGGACUUUUCUGGGAAUGACGGGGUGGUGCCGAUUGUGGAUCUAUAAUUAUGGAUUGCUUGUUAAACCACUGUAUGCGCUGACAGCCACUGAGCAGAAACAACUUGAGUGGAACAAGGAGACCGAACGAGCCUUUGAGCUACUGAAAAAGGCUUUGAUGUCGGCCCCGGCCUUAGGACUCCCAGAUGCGAGUAAGCCGUUUCUUCUUUACUCCCACGAGAAGCAGGGCAUUGCCCUGGGAAUAUUAGCACAAAACCUGGGUCCGUAUCGACGGGCAGUUGCCUACCUCUCUAAGCAGUUAGACACGACUGCAGAAGGUUGGCCUGGAUGCCUGCGGGCGGUUGCAGCUGUGAUACUGAACAUACAGGAAGCACGAAAGUUUACUCUGGGCCAGAAAAUGACUGUUUUGGUGUCUCACACGGUAUCAGCAGUACUGGAAGCAAAGGGUGGACAUUGGCUCUCUCCACAAAGAUUCCUGAGAUAUCAAGCUAUAUUGGUAGAGCAGGAUGAUGUGGAGAUUGUAGUCACUAACAUUGUCAACCCAGCUUCUUUUCUCAGCGGGAACACAGGAGAACCGGUACAUCAUGACUGUUUGGAAACCAUCGAAGCAACAAGGAAAAGACAUUGGGGAACAGAGGCUCUGUAUAAACAUUUGAUAAGAGAAAUUGUGGCUAGAAAUUUAUACACCAUGGUGAGACAGGUGACUCAACAGUGUGAUCUUUGCCUCCAGACUAAUCCUAAGAAUACCCCCAAGGCGGAAAUGGGCCAGAUUGGAAAAGGCAAUAAGCCUGGACAACAAUGGCAAAUUGAUUUUACAGAACUUCCAAGAAAAGGGGGGUAUCGAUAUUUAUUGGUAUUAACUGAUACCUUCUCAGGUUGGCCAGAAGCAUUCCCAACAAGAACGGCUAAAGCUUGGGAGGUAACUAAAAUACUGGUGCAAGAGAUAAUACCAUGUUUUGGAGUUCCAGCAACCAUGUCCUCUGACAGAGGACCACAUUUUGUCUCAAAAAUAGUACAACAAAUUAGCCGCUAUUUGGGUAUAGAUUGGCAGCUUCAUACUCCAUAUCACCCCCAGUCGAGUGGUCAAGUGGAAAAAAUGAACCACUUAAUCAAACAGCAAAUUGUGAAAUUAGGACAAGAAGCAAAUUUGACAUGGCCUCAGUCUCUCCCUUUAGCCCUUCUGCGUAUACGAACAAGACCAAGGGCGAAAGAAGGACUGAGCCCCUUUGAAAUCCUGUAUGGACAACCCUAUGGGAUACAGAGAGGGGUGUCUGUACAAGCGGGGGAUGAAAUUAUGACUUCUUACAUGGUAGCAUUAGGUAAGCAACUUAAUAAAAUCAGGAAGCAUGUGGUAGGGACUCGAGGGAGAGGUUUGGAUGGGCCUGUACAUAAUAUACAACCAGGAGAUUAUGUGUAUAUAAAGUCUCUUACAGAAAAAACUCUGGAGCCGCAGUGGGAAGGACCAUUUCAAGUAUUACUUACCUCCUUCACCGCAAUUAGGAUCAAGGAACAGAACGCUUGGAUCCAUCACACUAGGGUGAAGAAGGCACCCAAAGGACAAUGGACUUCACAAGAAAAGGGACCUUUGAAGCUCAAAUUUGUGAGACAUUGAUUGUCAUGCUCCUGAGUUGGACCUUGCCUAAGGGGCAGGCUUGGGAUCGAAAUACUUAUUUAAAUAUGACAGAGAGUAUCUCGAAAGUACUAAAUUUAUCAGAUUGUUGGGUAUGUAAUCCCCUUCCUCGGGGGAACAUGGAACUCCCCUUUUUAGGAGUCCCGACCACAAAUUGGACAUCUCUUAUUAAAGACGGGCCAGACAGGAAUGGAUCAUGCCUUUAUGGAAAGGGAAAUACCCAGCGGGGACCCAGCUUUGAUCUGGAGGUACCUGAUCCUAAAGAGGUCUUAAUUACUGGCCGUCGCUUAAAUAUUACUGAUAAUAUUUGGGGAGACAUGGAUAAUUGUAGCCUUGCGGAAAAUCUGGGAACUUUUGAUAAAGGAAAAUUAGAACGUCUUGGACUGAACUUAACUAUCAGUUUCUAUUAUAACCGGAAACCAAAGAGGGGGCCAGAAAAGAAGGGGCGAGAACAAGACAGAAGGGAGACACAUCUCGGUCCAAGAUGCAACACAGGGCCUGGAUACUGGUGGCUCUGUGGGGAUGGCAGGGCCAGAAAGAGUUUACCCCAGAACUGGAAGGGACACUGUGUUCAGGGGUACCUUGCACCUCAGAUCAGUAUAUUCGAGGGAGCUUCGCCUCCCCGAGGGUUUUUGAGAACACCUUGGCUCCGUGUAAAACGGACUGAAAACCCACUAAUUA